AUGCCACUCUAUCCUAUAGUUUUGUGGGCACAAAAAAAGGAGUGCCUUUAUCUUACCAUUGAAUUACAAGAUAUAGAAAAUGUAAAGAUUGACCUAAAAGAAGAUAAGUUGUAUUUUUAUGGUACAAAAGAUAAGAAUGAAUAUGAAUUUACAUUAAAUUUUUUAAAGCCAAUAAAUGUUGAGGAAUCAAAGUAUAGUACUCAAAGAAAUAUAAAAUUUAAAAUAAUAAAAAAAGAACAAGAAAGAUGGAAAACUUUAAAUAACGAUGGAAAGAAACACUGGGUUAAAUGUGACUGGAACUCCUGGGUAGAUACCGAUGAAGAAGAUAAAGCAAAUGAUUAUGAUGAUAUGGGUAUGAACAGUUUUGGUGGUAUGGGAGGUAUGCCAGAUAUGAGUCAAUUUGGAAAUAUGGGCGGAUUAGGAAAUAUGGGAGGUUUAGGAAAUAUGGGAGGUUUAGGAAAUAUGGGAGGUUUAGGAAAUAUGGGAGGUUUAGGUAAUAUGGGAGGUUUAGGUAAUAUGGGUGGUUUAGGAAAUAUGGGAGGUAUGGGUGACUUAGAUUUUAGCAAAUUAGGAAAUAUGGGUGGUGAUAUGCCUAAUUUUGCUGGAUUAGGUGGUAUGGAUCAAUUUAAAAAUAUGCCUAAUAUGAAUAAUAUGAAUGACGAUGAUUCUAGUUCAUAUGGCGAUGAUACAAGUGAUGAAGAAGAUGAUGAUGAUGAGGAAGAUGAAGAUGUAGAAGUUGAUAACAAGACAUUAGAUUCAGAUAAAUUAAAAGAUGAAGAAAAUAAAAUUCCUGAUGCAGCAGUAGAAGUACAAGAACCAGUAGCCUAA